CCCCCCCGCCCCCGCCCUUUCCUCUCUCUGUCUCAUCUCCCCUCUCCCUCUGCUUCUUCCUCCUGCCUCAGCAGAACUUAUGUGGUUGGGAUGCGGGGCCCUCGGGUGUCAAAACUUUAAGAUUAAUGGAUUACUUUGUUAAUGACUGCAGGCGUCAGACUGAGGUGCUUAAAUGAUUUGUGAGGUGCGAGGCGUCUUCCCGACAGUCCCAAACAAUGCGCGGAGUGUGCGGGGGAGGCAGAGGGCAGCGGCCGCCGGGACCCGCUGCAGGGCUCACCACUCGCACGCACUCACACACUCACACACACUGCCGGGCGCACACACCGGAUCCGUGCUGAUCAGGAGGCAGGCAGGCACCCUCGCCCCCACGCACUCCCAGGCAUCCCUAACCCACACCCACAUAUAGGUAUUUUUGCCCUGAAAAAAGUGUAAAUAAAGCCUCGCUGGCCCCCAAUGAGGCGUUCCUUCCCGACUUUUUUGGAUCAAUCAAACAGACAGUGGCUUCUUUUGAUUAAAGCCCAAAUUGUCAUUGGGCAGAAGCAAUCAUGUGACAGCCAAUUCGGUCCAAUUUCAACCUUGUCUCCAUGAAUUCAAUAGUUUAAUAGUAGCGCGGUCCCCAUACGGCUGUAAUCAGUGAAUUAGAAAAAAAACACCCCAGCAGCGAUCUUCUAUGAUAGAUUUUUUUUCCCUCCGCGCUCGCCUUUUUCCUGGGCCUUGCCCCCCCAAAGCCCCUCCAGAAGAGGGAACUUUUUCUCCGAGGGGGCUCCAAGGAGAAGGCCAUGAAUUACGAAUUUGAGCGAGAGAUUGGUUUUAUCAAUAGCCAGCCGUCGCUCGCUGAGUGCCUGACAUCUUUUCCCCCUGUCGCUGAUACAUUUCAAAGUUCAUCAAUCAAGACCUCGACGCUUUCACACUCGACACUGAUUCCUCCUCCUUUUGAGCAGACCAUUCCCAGCCUGAACCCGGGCAGUCACCCUCGCCACGGCGCUGGCGGCCGCCCCAAGCCGAGCCCCGCGGGCAGCCGCGGCAGCCCAGUGCCCGCCGGCGCCCUGCAGCCGCCCGAGUACCCCUGGAUGAAGGAGAAGAAGGCGGCCAAGAAAACCGCGCUGCCGCCCGCCUCGGCCGCUGCCGCCACCGGCCCUGCCUGCCUCAGCCACAAAGAAUCCCUGGAAAUCGCCGAUGGCAGCGGCGGGGGCUCCCGGCGCCUGAGAACUGCUUACACCAACACGCAGCUUUUAGAGCUGGAAAAAGAAUUUCAUUUCAACAAGUACCUUUGCAGACCCCGAAGGGUGGAAAUUGCAGCGCUGCUGGAUUUGACUGAGAGACAAGUGAAAGUGUGGUUUCAGAACCGGAGGAUGAAGCACAAGAGGCAGACCCAGUGCAAGGAGAACCAAAACAGCGAAGGAAAAUUUAAAAGCCUCGAAGACUCUGAGAAAGUGGAGGAGGACGAGGAAGAGAAGUCGCUCUUUGAGCAAGCCCUCAGCGUCUCCGGGGCCCUUCUGGAGAGGGAAGGUUACACUUUUCAGCAAAAUGCCCUCUCUCAGCAGCAGGCUCCCAAUGGACACAAUGGUGACUCCCAAAGUUUCCCAGUUUCGCCUUUAACCAGCAAUGAAAAAAAUCUGAAACAUUUUCAGCACCAGUCACCCACUGUUCCUAACUGCUUGUCAACAAUGGGCCAGAACUGUGGCUCUGGCCUAAACAAUGACAGUCCCGAGGCCCUCGAGGUCCCCUCUUUGCAGGACUUUAACGUUUUUUCCACAGAUUCCUGCCUGCAGCUUUCAGAUGCAGUCUCGCCCAGUUUGCCGGGUUCCCUCGACAGUCCUGUAGAUAUUUCAGCUGACAGCUUUGACUUUUUUACAGACACACUCACCACAAUCGACUUGCAGCAUCUGAAUUACUAAAAACAUUAAAGCAAAACAAAGCAUCACAAAA